CCUGUCCCCUGAAUGGAGGAGCAGUUGCCUCAAAGGUGCAGCCACUCCUGCCGACAGCUUUACUUGCCUUUGUCCGAAAUUUAUGCGGUUGAUACCAAUAACAAGGCUAAAUAAAAAUCCUUCUCCAUUUGUAAAUAUCACAUGUCUAUAUAACACCACCUUGCAGUUGUCUUCACACCAAAGUAUUUUAGAUUGAUAAUAUCAGCAGAAAACUUGAAAACAAAGGCUUGAGCUUAUUUCAAGAAAUUUAUUGGAUACUUCUUCAAAUUUGGCUUUGAAAGUCAAAGGCUCUUUGGGGUACAGAAUUAUUUCAUAAAUUAAGAGUUCAUUUGGGAAAUUAUCAAAAGUGAUUAUGGCUCAUGAAAAUGAUCUAAAUCUUAAGGCAACUGAGCUGAGAUUGGGAUUGCCUGGCACAGAUGAAUCUGAUGACAUGGUUUCCACCGCUAACAAUAACAAGAGAGCCUCACCUGAAUCCGUUGAUGACAGCGAAUUAAAGGCCAAUUCUGCUGCAAAAUCUGCUGAAAAUGAAACCUCAUCUGCAUCCAAGUCUCAUAUAGUUGGAUGGCCACCGGUGAGGUCCUACCGGAAAAGCAAUCUCCAGCCGAAGAAGGAAGACUCUGAAACUGGGAUGUAUGUGAAAGUAAGCAUGGAUGGAGCCCCUUUUCUUAGAAAGGUCGAUCUCAAAGUUUAUAAUGGAUAUACAGAUCUCCUCAAGGCUUUAGAAAGCAUGUUCAAACUCAGAAUAGGGGAGUACUCAGAGAGGGAAGGCUACAAAGGAUCAGAAUAUGCACCUGCUUAUGAAGAUAAAGAUGGUGACUUAAUGCUUGUUGGAGAUGUCCCUUGGGAUAUGUUCAUGUCAUCCUGCAAGAGACUAAGAAUCAAGAAAGGAUCAGAAGCCAAAGGCCUAGGUUGGGCCGUAUGAAACCCCAAAAACUUCAAAUUGAAUGCCUCUUACAAAGCAGGAAUCUCAUUACAGCUUGCGUUGUCAAAGAAUCUUGAUUGUGAAAUCCUAAAUUUUAUCCUGCAAUUUCCUUCAUACCUCUCGUGGGAAGUUCAACAGGAAGAAAUAUAUAAAAAAUUGCAGUUUUCUUGGCAUAAUUUACAGCAGGAAAACCAUGGUGUUUUGUGAUCCUGUGAUUUUAAGUCGUUUAUUUUUAUUAUUUUUAUAAUAAAUACAUUAGUACAGUA